AUGUGCCGGCCUGCAAAGCAGCGCAAAGAGGAUGCGCGCCGCGCCUCGUCUUCCUGCGCCGCCAGGAAUGGACGGCUCGAGAUGCUGCUCGAUAGGGGAUCCAUCGUACGCGCCAUCGCCGUCGCAUCUCGACCGUCCUUGCUGUUGACCCGUCUCGAGAGAGAGGCAGAGAGCAGCCUCGACCGCCGCACGUGCCACACAAGAGGAAGAAGUAGGGAAAGCGUCGUGUGGGCUGCUCUCGCCGGAGCCUUAGCUUGGCCCGUCGGACGUGGCGGUUGGCGCCUUGACCUGACACGUCGCCCCUCGCGGCCUCGCCUCUCUAGCUGUUUCUUCCUGGCCGUCGGUGAGGCGAUGCCAUGCGAUGCGAUGGUCUGGGUGAUUCCCGAAAGAAAGCGAGCGUCGGCGGCCCCCGUGCCAGCUCCGACCAGGCCAGGCUGGGUCCAGAGGGAAAGAAGAGGCUAG